AUUAAAUAGAACUCUCCACUUUAAAUGGGUUCUUGUCUUUUUGGUUCCCAAUAUCCAAAACAAACAACAUUUCUCACUCUACACAUAAUUUGCCGCCUCCUCCAUUAAAAUCUCCCUCCUUUAUAUCUCUUCAUCUCCCCAAAUCACAUGAACUAAAAACCAAAAUCACAAAAAAAAACUUAAAACUUUUUCAUUUAUUUCACUAACACAAUGUUCUUAAUCACACAUCAUUAUCUUCAAACCAUAAAAAAAUCAAUCUUUAACUUACUCUCAUGCUUACCAACUUCAGUUCUUGCUUUAAUUCUCCUCCUCCUCUUAGUAUACAACGGCUCCACCGUCUUCUACAUUCAUCUCCCCCUUCCCGCCAAAUCCUUGCCGGAAAAUCUCGCCGGAAAAUCCCUGAAAAAGCUGUCAUCUUCAACACUAAUGUACGCAGUCAAAGAAGAAAACCCACCAUUUGUUUUAAAGACCCACUUACCUUUGCUACCUAAGUCCGCCAUUUCAAUGGCACCCUUAAAUUUUUCUAUCUCUUCACGGCCGAAAAAAGUUCUGAAACGCAGAGUUUUGAAGAAACUUGAGCGUUUUGGCGGCGAAUCUAAAGAGUUCUCGUUAGAAAUGAAGGGCUUUUUCGGAAGUUCGGUAUGUAAAAUUCGGUUUUUUAUGACGUGGAUUUCUUCUUUAGAGUCAUUUGGUGACAGGGAGUUGUUUGUAAUUGAGAGUUUGUUUAAGUCUAAUCCAAAUUCUUGUUUAGUAAUUGUGUCCAAGUCAAUGGAUUCUGAUAGAGGAAAAAAUUACAUUUUGAGACCAUUUUUAGAAAAAGGGUACAAAAUUUUUGCAAUUAGGCCUGAUUUUGACUACAUUUUUAAGCAUACUUAUGCUGAAUUAUGGUUUAAGUCAUUGAAAAAAGGUAAAAUUGACCCUGGUGGGGUUUCUUUGGGCCAAAAUUUAUCUAAUUUGCUUAGAUUAGCUUUAUUGUACAAAUUUGGGGGUGUUUAUUUAGAUACUGAUGUUAUAGUUUUAAAAAGUUUUAGUAAACUGAAAAAUGUUAUUGGUGCACAAACAAUUGAUUUAGAAACUGGAAACUGGAGCAGAUUAAACAAUGCUGUGUUGGUAUUUGACAAAAAGCACCCUUUGGUCCUCAAGUUUAUUCAAGAAUUUGCAUUCACAUUCAAUGGGAAUAAGUGGGGGCAUAAUGGUCCUUAUUUGGUUUCAAGAGUUGUUUCAAGAGUUAGUGGUAGAAUUGGGUUUAAUUUCAGUGUGUUGCCUCCAUCUGCAUUUUAUCCAGUGAAUUGGAGUAGAGUUAGAAGUAUUUUUAGAGGGCCUAGAAGUAAAAUUCAUGCAAAUUGGUUGGAGAAAAAAGUUGAGCAGAUUAAAAUGGAAAGUUUGGCCGUACACUUGUGGAAUAAGCAGAGUAGGAAGAUUAAAGUUGAAAAUGGGAGUGUUAUUAAUCAUAUAAUACAAGAUUAUUGUAUUUUUUGUAAUUCUUCUUCUAAUUUGAGAUUGUUGAAAUAUAAUGAGAAAUGACAAUUUCUUAUUGUCAUUUUGUGUAUUUUUUUUUAUUUUGUUAUGGACAAACUUUUGUCCAUUCAUAGUGUUUGAAGAAAGAAAGGAGAAUCCUUUUCUUUUGUAGAGACCCCAAUUGGGCAUAUUUUUGGCUUUUUGCUUAAAUUUUACUAUAUUUGUAACAAUUUUUAAGAGUA